GUUAGAUAUCAUUGAGCGAGAGUCUUAGCACCAUUGUGAACGUCCAUAACAUUGAGAUACCUGGUCAAUUUGCCGGUUUUGCUUGAGACUUCACAACAAUGGUUGGAUCUCUCAUCUGUGGCCUCUUGCUUCUGAACGUACUGGGCACAGGUAAUGCCGAUUUAUAGAAAAGUAAAAUUUCAUCCCUUCUUAGAUAAUAUGGCGAAACUACCCACAAAACAGUAUAGAACGUUAAUGGAUAGAGAGCGCACCACCGAUGGCACAUUCAAAUAGCCAGCUAGCAACGGAGUUUGAAUGUCUAUUACUGACUAAAAAGGUUGUACCUAAUUCUUCUGUCGCAGUUUCACAAUUACUUGUUGCCUGGUAUUUUGUGUUUCAGUUUUAUUUUUUGACGUAAAUCAAGUUUCAUGUUCGCGUGUUAUCCAGAAAAAGAUAAAAAGAUUAUUAAGAGGAAAAUGUGGAAACUGUGGCAACAAGCCUUGUAAUGCUCCCGUUUGGCGACAGUCACUGAUUUAUUGCUACGAAAUUCCUAUUAAGUGUUUGAGCAAACAGUGUGAAUGAAUGCAUUUUUACGAUGUUUCAGACAUUCUCGGGCUGAUGUACUAGUGAAACUAACUUCUCAAUGUUCCGAACGCCCAGGUAGUGAUCGGUUUUCUCCGAUCAACGAUUUAUAUAUACUUUAAAAUGGGAUAAAUCAGCAUACUGAAAUAAAUUUCAAUCUAAAGGGGUAGGGCAUUGCAAGCGUUUUGUUAGUCUUCAGAAAUUUCAGUGUUAUUGAUUCUUUACCGAUUGUUUAACACAAUUCAAUUACUUGUAUAUACAACAUUUCGACAUGUUUAAAGAUUUUCGACUUACAGCCGAUAAAGGUCAAACAAACAGCCGUCUCUUAUCUUCUCGAUUGAUACGUUAUCGCGGAAACAUCGCUGGAAGCUUCAUAUGUAAAAUCAAACACUCCUUUAGAAGUUAACAGCUAUCUGCCACGUAUCUAGGUAUGAAUCAAAGCUUUUUUUCUUCAUAACUCACGACAUGAACUCGGCGCCAUUUUGUUUGUUAUGCAAUAAAAUGAAUACUACGCGCUCUGUAAUUGGUCGUGACCUGCGAUCUUCCACAAUCAAAUAUUUUCAGUCGGUAAAAAGACACUGAUCUUUGUAUGUGAAUAUCAUCAACUUUAGUACCAAAAAAAAUUAAAAUAGGAAUGCUGCUGUUGUGUCACUUUUCGAUACUCGUGAUUUUCACAAAUCCUUCAGUUUCGUGCUCAAAGAGGAGCUGUAAACUACAGCAUUAAGUAUCAAUAUUUCUUUAUUUUCUUCUUUCUGUUUUCAGGCCUGUCGUUAAGAUGCCAAACAUGUUACUCACAGGGGUCUUGGGCCAACUGUACACGUAACAGUGCGAACGUUGAUUGUGGGUCCUUUUUCGACACCUGCAUGUCAGUACACAGAACGAGAACACUCAACGAUGGAAAAAUUAUCCACGAGUUUGCAAAGUCCUGUUUCAUCAGCACUAUAUGCGAGAAAAUCUUAUGUGAAAAGAAGGAUAUGAAAGAUAAAGAGGUGGUUUGUGAUCUCACGUGCUGCGGAACCCAUCUCUGCAAUACAAGGUUAGUAUGAACCCAGAAAAGUUGUUUUUCCUUUUAUGGACUGGUCUUUGAGCGUUUAGCUUUCUGUGAGCGCGAAGACCUAUAUUGAAAUAUCCAAGAAAUUUUCAAGUCUUAGAGCGCCAAACAAUUGUUUUCGUUGCUAUGGGUAUGGCCUGACCUGCAUCCUCGCCAGGAUCCCAUUUAAAGGGGAAAAUUUGUCGUAUUCAGACAUCUCACAGCCAAGCGCCUGCCAACAUUUCAGUAAGGGUUACACGGUAGGAUCUGGGCACGAGAUUACCGGGGAGUAGCAAAACUCUCAGUCAUCGCUGGCUACGGACACCUGAAUGAGCUCUGGCGCGUGGUGGGUCAAUUGGCUUGAGUCUAGACGUGCUUAACUAGUUAGCUUUUACAAUCUUAAAAAUUGUUUCUGUCUUUAAGGCGUUUUCCUUCUCUUUCUUUUUAGAUCAGCAACAAGGAAAUCAAUCAAAAUUAAGGUUGAUGACUCCUCCGAGUUAAACUGAAUUGCCCUCAGGGUUUCACUGGUUAUUUUUAAACAAACCAACUGCCACAGGGUAGCCAGAAUAAUGCUGCUUUAAAUCCUAAUUGUAAUUUCAAUCACACCAUAUUUUCAACGAUUGUAAUAUCGUUUAUGCAACGGAAAAUCUGUAUUAAACAAUGUAUUGUCCAGAAAAACGACAUACCCGAAGAUGUAUUAAAAAUAGCCUGCGUAGUUGUUGGUUUUGUUUUUUUUUAAGGCUUUUUGAUGACGUAUUUUCUUGAACCGAUGGCAAAGGAAGUUGUUAUCGGCUCUGAUAAUGUCUUCCACUCAGGUUGUCGAAACGUCAGUCACCACUACCAACAACAUUCCUUCUCAGGACUUCCCUCACUCGGACGAUCUCUGGAUUACACCAUCAAAUAUUACUUCUGGGUUUAAAGCAUUUAAUGGAAAAAGAUUCAUUGCCAACAUGUUCUUCUGUUGGAACCAUACUGCAC